AUGGAGGCCGCUGUGCGUUUCUCCCAGAACUCGUCUCCCGGGCACCAGCAACGAUUCCUGUACGUCGAUGUCGUCGGAAAAUCAUUCAGACUGUGCAACAUCACCAAACAGACCAAAAAUGACUUCAGAUACGAACCCAUCCAUACUUCAACCAAAGUGCCGGCGUUUCGCGCCUUCGACUGGCAUCCCAUCAACGAGGAUCUGGUCGUCGUCGGUCAGGCCGGCGGCGAAGCUACGCUUUUGAACAUAGCAGAGGGCCAGCAGGACUCCCUCUCUUUUCAAGUCAGAAGCCAACGCCUGUGCAACGCCGUGGCCCUCAACAGCCAAAAUCUCUUGGCGGCUGGCCUCGACAAAGUGAGGACAGAUUUUUGUCUCAAUAUAUGGGAUUUUAACCAGCGGCUGCCUACCGCGGGCUCAAAGGGGUUUUCUAAGAACUACUCAGAUCCCCUCCAUAAGUUGGCAAGUGGGGAGCCCAUCACCAGUUUGAAGUUCUUUCAGGACAACCCUACGCUUCUGGUUGCGGGGGUCAAAGGUCAAUUUGUCCGAUUGUACGAUUUGCGAGAGCCGUCCAUUGGUAACGGACUGCAAUUUGCGACUCGGUGUGUUCAUAACUUGGCCAUCGACUGGCGGGACGAGAACUACUUUGCUUCUUGCUACCCGACGAACGAUCCUUCGAUAUGUGUUUGGGAUCGAAGAAUGAUCAGCCGCGUCAACACGCCACAUAUGGGUUUCGUCGGUGGCUCCCAUAGUGAAAACCGCCAGCCUGAGCUGUCGCUGGAGUUGAAGAGCGUCGUCGAAAGCCCAGGGACAAUCUGGAGCGUGAGGUUUUCAAAGGCUGAACGAGGAUGCUUGGGCGUUCUUUCUAGUACAGGGCAGCUGAAAGUAUACAAUUUGGGCAAAGAAUUUGCUUCAGAGACCUACAAGAUCGAAAAUGAUGGAGGCCAUGAUCUCUCAUGGGAAACCAGCGCACCGCAGGAAAUAUUUCUUAACCGAGCGCAGGACCUUGAGAAGCAAUAUGCAACUCCUUCUGCUGCGAGAGACGAAAAAUCGAGGGUUGUGUCAUUCGACUUCACGACAACGACGACAAAGAUGAGGCAAUCGAGAAUGUUGGUCCUAGAUGGACGGGGUCAAGUCAAGAUCACUUCCCCAAGCCCUCCUCCAGUACCCUCAGCUCUUUCUUCGGCUGGAUAUCUGUGCAAAGGCAGCCACCUCGUCGAAGAAAUGCCCAUGGCCACCACUGAACCAGGAAUCCUGUUCGAACAAAUUCGGCGCCGAGCUCAGCCUCGAAACAUUCUCAGACAGACGUUGAGGCAAUCGCGACAGAACAGGACAAGUUCUGACACGAAACGAAUGUCGAGCCUUGAUGAUCAGGCCUGGCACGCAGAUUUAGGAUACUAUGAAAAGGACGUGCCAUUGCCCGACCUUGUGGCAUUGACCUCGCUCCAGCGGCUGCGUUGCGAAGCGGGCUAUCUCUUGAACCCCUCCAAGAAUAAAGCCAUUGUCUCAGACUCCCACUGGCUUCAGUCGUUCUGGGCUUGGGUGGAACGUGCUGCGAAAAUAUCCAAGAACGGCAACAUGGCACACGACAAUUUUGAUCUCUCUUACGUCGGAAUUUAUGGUCUUUGGAUGGAAGACAUCGAUCCCAAGCAUCGAACGCUCGGCCAGACCCCUAACAAACUUGGCAAAACCAUUGAGAAUCUGGUGCGACGCUUGAACAUACCAGGGAUCAACAAAACGACAACCGAAUAUCCUGCUAACAGGCAGCUUUGCCUUUAUUCAGCCGGCCUAGCGUGGUCCUCUGAUGAACUGGACCUGAUCGUGAAACGGCUGGUGACCAAAAAUCAGCACACCAAGGCGGCAGCCAUGGCUCUGUUUGCGAUGGAUCGCAAACUGGCGUACAAGGCUCUCCGCAGCAAGACUGCCAAUCAGUCCCACAAAAUGCUAGCUAUGGCAAUUGCAGGUGCAUUCAAGAAAGCCCGAGAUGAAGAAGCUGGGACGAGGAGCACUGAUGAGUCGGAUGCCCAGAAUGAUUGGGCUGACACUAUUUCAUCCCUUGCCGAUGACUUGACCGAUCCUUAUGCCCGAGCAAUCCUGGCAUAUGUCAAAUCCGGGGAUUGGUCGAAUGUUGUUACCGAAGAAUCUCUCCCUCUCAAAUACCGCGUCUGCAUCGCUUUGCGACACUAUGACGACUCGAAGCUGACAAAUUAUAUCUCUCAAGCGACCAAGGAAGCAGUGACUACAGGUGACAUUGAAGGUGUCGUUUUGACUGGUACGGCUACGCAGGCUGCUUUCGACCUGAUGAGCGGCUAUGUUCAGCGCUUCGGCGACCUACAGACAGCGGUACUGGCGCUUUCCUCGACCGUUCCACGGUACCUAGACGAUGAGGCGGUGCUGCGCAAGUUCAAUGGCUGGAAAGAUGCCUACAGGCAUAUGAUGAACAGUUGGAAUUUGAAGUUUGACAGGGUUCGAUUUGACAUUGCCUGCCAGAAUGCCGCCAGAGACGAAGCAGGGAGACCGCUCAUAGCACCGGCAAAGCAACAAGUAGGCCUCGUUUGCAAAUUUUGCGCACAGGGCAUCGCACAUCUGGCUGGCAUGAACGGCGAAAACGGCCCAGGUCACAAGGUUGUGGAAACCCCACGUCACCCACUGACCAAGGAGAAGGCCGCGGCCAUAGGCAUAGUCUGCCCCAAGUGCGAAAGACACUUGCCACGUUGUGGAGUCUGCGACCUCUGGCUUGGAGUUCCCGACGAAUCGUAUCUACCGUGGUACGGGUCGCAGCCGGCGUCGAAGCAUGAUGCUGGCAAGGUAAAUCAUGAUCUCAGUGCCAGUGUUGCAGGGAGUAUCCAGACAACACUGGGACCUGACUCCAUGACCGGGUCAACCGUCAAAGGAACCAGCUCUCCUCGGCCUAGACACUCGGGUCCAGGGAACUCGAAGAUUUCCUUAAGUGAUUCCUCGACAAGGACGGCCGUACCUAGUCCCCAGGCAGUCGUCAAGGGGACGGAUUCUGUUCCCGACAUCAUGGUGGCUGCGCCGUCAGGUUCGGCGCCAGAUCAGGAGCCUGAUGGCGGAAUGGGGAUGGCUGAGAACGCAAGGAGGUGGGAUAGCGCGAUGUCUCGCUUCACAGUGAUGUGCCUCAAGUGCUCUCACGGGUGUCACGCCGCACAUGCACGGAUGUGGUUUGAAAAGCAUCGUGUGUGUCCCGUUCCAGAUUGUACAUGUCUGUGCAACGAGUGA